CGUGGAAAUGACGUCACAUCAGGAAGUUAUGGUUAGCGAAACAGCAGCGCGCCAAAUUUGGGCCACAAUGUGUGCAGUCACAUCGUCAGACUUAUGAAAAAAAAUUGUCUAAUCUUUGAGGAUAACUGAACGUGGAGAAGGCUGCCGUGGGAAAAGGCUGUGCAGCAUGGCGGUGCCUUUUGUGCAGGACUGGGACCUGGUUCAGACUCUGGGAGAAGGAGCCUAUGGAGAAGUGAGGCUGCUGGUGAACAGACAGACGGAGGAAGCAGUGGCAGUGAAGGUGAUCGAUACCUCGCAGGCUAAAGAGUGUGCUGAAAAUGUCAAGAAGGAGGUUUGCAUUCAUAAGAUGCUCAACCACUCCAACAUCGUGAGAUUUUUUGGCCAUCGGAAGGAAGGACCGACUGUUUACCUCUUCUUGGAGUAUUGCAGCGGAGGAGAACUGUUUGACCGCAUCGAGCCUGAUGUGGGAAUGGCAGAGAAAGAUGCUCAUAAAUUUUUCCAGCAGCUGAUGGCAGCCGUGGAAUACCUCCACAGCGUCGGCAUCACCCACAGGGACAUAAAGCCGGAGAACAUUUUGCUGGACGACAAAGAUAACCUGAAGCUGACAGAUUUCGGCCUGGCCACCAUGUUUCGGUUCAAAGGGCGUGAGCGCCUCCUGGGUCGACUCUGUGGAACUCUUCCAUAUGUGGCUCCGGAGCUUCUCAGCCACACAGAGUUCAAAGCUCAGCCUGCAGAUAUCUGGGCUUGUGGGAUCGUCCUCACUGCCAUGCUGGCUGGAGAGUUGCCGUGGGACCAGCCCACUGAGAGCUGUCAGGAGUAUUCAGACUGGCUUCAAAAGAAAACAUACCUACCUCCUUGGAAGAAAAUCCAACCAAUGCCUCUUCGUUUGUUGUCCAAAUUGUUACUGGCCCGUCCAGAUGCGCGCGUCACCAUCGCAGACAUACAGAAAGACCACUGGUUCACUCAUGGUGUAAAGCCACCACCAGGUUCUCUGGCUUCAGAACGGAACAAACUUCUUCGGUCUGAUGGUGGAAUCACAUCCUGGGCCCAGAGCGAUGACAGGAUGCAGUUUUCCAGCUCCCAGCCGGACCUAGCAGCUGGUGGCUUGGAAGCCAUGUUAAAUGGUCAAAUCGAAUGUCAAGUCAGCUUCUCCCAGCCCACCAAGCCUGAGCACAUGUUACUGGGGAGUCAGUUUCUCGGCACACCGGGAGCCAGUCAGUCACCGUGGCAGAGAUUAGUGCGGAGAAUGACGCGUUUCUUCACCACUGUGGAUGCUGAUGCCUCUUUAUCAUCCCUGAAAGACACCUGUGACGGCCUGGCACUUGGAUUCAAACUCACCUGCAGCAAACAGGUGACGGUGAGCACACUGGACAAACGCAAUAACAAACUCAUCUUCAAAGUCCAUUUGCUAGAUUUGAAUCAGAGAGUGUUGCUGGACUUCAGACUGUCUAAGGGUGACGGUUUGGAGUUCAAACGUCUCUUUGUGAAGAUUAAACAGAAGCUCGGCGACAUCGUCAGCACUCAGAAGAUUUUGCUUCCCAUUACUUGAGCAGCCUCCACAAACUGUGGACAUCGGAGAGGCACUACCUGUACAUAUUUAGCUGUUCUGUUGGUAUUUUAAAUGUAUUCUGCUGUCUUCUUGAAUUGCCUGAAUGUAGACUCUUGUUUUCUUGUGAGAACUGGUUAGGAGAGCGGGCAAAACUCGGGUCAUGUUUUCAUUUCACUUUGUUUUAGUUUGUGGUUAGAAUGCAUUAGGGUAGAUGAAGUUAGGAACAAAAGUGCGUUGUGUGUGCGCGCGUUGUUGUCUGUUUUUAUACCGUUGAGAAGACUGAUGUGUUCGGAUUAUGUCUGACAUGAUGCAUUCUUGAAUAAAUUAUUAAAAGACCA